CUCUCUCUCUCACUCCCUCCCUCGCUCUCCCUCGCUCUCCACCUCGCGGUGUGCAGGUGGUGUCAGUGUGUGUUUGUGCAGAGGGGAGGGUAAGCGACCGGCGGGUCGGAGUGCAGGGCUCUAUUCCGUUUCAGAGGCGCCAUGUUACGGUACGGCUCCACGGGGAGUGUCACCGACACCCAGGAACAGUCCAGCAAGAGAUAUAUCCGCCGUUUAAGACUCACCCUGACGGACACGUCUUCUGGACAGGAUGCGGCCAGGAAGGUGGUCAAUGGCACCCAGAGGAGGAAAAACGGUUAUGCCCAACAGGAGAGGUCUGCUGGCACAGAGCCGUCUGUGCAGAACACUGGGGUGGUCACGAACGGGGUGAGAGGGAAGCCCCGGGUGUUCGCCGUGGUGCAGCGGGUGGGCGUGGACAGCCAGGAGGAAGUGACGGCGUGCGAGUGGCCCGUCGAUCACCUGAGGGACGAGAUGAAGUACAUCAGAGAGGUGCGAGAGUCACUGGAGAAGGUGCAAGAGAAGAUGAGCAGUCAGCUCGACGGCAUGCAGCAGUCGGCACAGAGGCUAUCACAAGACAUGAAGGUAGCCUAUGAUCAGAGGCAGAGCCUGGAGUCGGAAGUGCGGGUCCGGACUACGGCGAUGGACAGCUAUGACCAGAUGAACAGCUCCCUCAUUACUUCUAACAUAGAACUGCAGAAAUCCCUGCUGGAGAGCUGCUCGAGUCGCGUUCAGAACCAGGAAGACCUGAGGAGUCUCCGUAGCUCCCGUGAGCAGGCUGAAGCGAAAGUGAUGGAGCUGGAGCACCAGCUGGCCACUGCCCACGUCGAGAACAGCAACCUCAAACUGCAGGUAGAGUCCUGCCAGGAGACCACCGACAGGAGGAUGAAGCUGCUGACUCAGAGACUGCACAACCAGUACGAGGAGCAGCUGGAGGAGACGAAGAGGAGGCACCUGGAGGAGAUCGAGGCUCUGCAGGUGCAGAUCUCAGAGUACGUGAGGCGGAUUGAGGAGGCAGAGGAGAAUGUCAGGAUCGCAGAGGCGAAGAUUGCUGAGCGGGAUGAGAGGAUUAGUGAAGUGGAACGUCUCCUGGACUGCAUGGGCAAGGAGAAGACACAGCUGCAACUGCAACUGCAGGACUGUGAACGCCAACUGAACAGCCUGAAGCAGGCCGAUCAAGUGGAUGCAGCUUCAGUCAAAAUGUCAAAGCAGCUGGAAGGGGAGGCUACAGAUCUGCAGGAGCGAAUCAAACAUCUUAAUGACAUGGUGUUCUCUCAGCAGAAGAAGGUGAAGGGAAUGAUUAAGGAGAUUGAUGCACUACGGGCAAAAGUGGCUCAGAAGGACACAGACAUAGCAGAUUUGCUGGAUAGAAUUGCCAUUGUUGAGUGUGAGAAUAACGAACUGGAAGACAAGCUGAAGUACUUCAUGUCUCAGCAGAAGGAUCCAGAGGCCGUAUCCACCAGAGACAUCGGGGUGGACUGUGAGCCGCCUCUCAGCUCUGAAGUUGAGCCAGAGGCCGCAGCCCCGGUCUUGUCCAGGCCCGCGGGGCCUAGUCCCGUUCCCCCGAGGAGAGUGGAGUCCAGUGCGCUGAAGUACUCCCAGAGCUCCCAGUACGGCUCACGGCUGCAGUCCAGCACCCUCCAGCACAGCAGGGUGGUGACCAGCCGGACGCAGUUCAGCCCCGGCCCCCACACCCUGCCGCGACCAUACCUGCCUCAGCCCUACUCAGCACAGACCUCCCUGGGCCUCUCCCGUCCACAACCCUCUCCUGUCUACUCAUACCCACGGGCAAGAACCCAACCGGGUAGUGUUUACACUCCCUACAUGAGGCUCAUGGAGAUGUCAUCAAACGUUAAAAUUGUGUGAGGCGAAGGUCUCGCUGCGUUUGGGAGUGGGCUACAGGUCUUGCUAAUGUGCACAGUAUUGCAGUAGAUUCUUGACAUUGUACGGAAGUUCCAGUGUUACCUACAUCUGUUUGCCUCGGUGGUGCCGGACAUAUCAACUCUUAUAGCUCGGUGUGAAGAAAGGAUGCCAUUAGAUUUGUGUAGUGGGCUUCACACAACAUGUACUCAGUGAGCACUUUAUUAGGUACACCAGCAAGCUAAUACAAACAUUUAAUCAGCCAAUCGUAUGGCAGCAACUAAGCAUGCAGACGUGGUCAAGAGGUUCAGCUGUUUUUCAGACCAAAUGUCAGAAUGGGGAAGAAAUGUGAUCUAAGUGACUUUGACCAUGGCAUUGGUGCCAGACAGGGCGGUUUGAGUAUCUCAGUUUUGCGGGCAAAAACGUGUCGUUAAUGAAAGAGGUCAGAGGAGAAGGGCCAGACUGGUAGAAGCUAACAGGAAGGUGACAGUAACUCAAAUAACCACACAUUACAACAAUGGUAUGCAGAAAAGCAUCUCUAAACACACAACGUCUAAUUGGAUAGGCUACAUCAGCAGAAGACCAAUGAGUCUAAAAUACCUAAUAAAGUGCCCACUUAGAGUAUAAACAUAGUAAAAACAGUAUGAUUAUGUGCACAUGUAAAUAAUUAUUGAUGUACUAUACUGUAUGUAAAUGAUGCUAUUUUGAUGCAUUUUAUGUUGACUUUGUUUACAGGAAGUAGUGAUAACUUUUCAUACUGUUUUAGACUUUUAAAACCAUAACAUUUUUUAAAGCUUAAAUUUGUAAUUUAACGGUAUUAUAUUUUUUCCCUGAAGGGUAUUUUUUGUUAACAUUUUGUGUGGAUAAAUGUACUUACACAACAUUUUUUCAAAUUAUUUACAUUAUUUUUAUGCCUGUUAUUUAUAUGGUUUCCUAAUUUACUGAUACCCUGAGCAAAACAAUGGAGUGGUAUAUGCUACACUUGCUGCUUGAAGUGAGCAGUACACUGCAUUAAAAAUGGGUAAUAGUGAUAUAAAAUGACUACCACCUGACAUUCAAUGGCACCGAGACAUAUCAUGUGAUGACACUGCCAGACUUGUGUGAAAAUAUUUGUAUGAACUCAAAAUAUUUUGAAAGUGACCAUGAGUUUGGUUCCAUCAAGUGCCUAGUAUACUAAAUGCAGAGAUAUGUGCUUUGUGAUGUAAAAGCCAAUAUAAUUUAUGGUGGCAAAAUAAAUAUACUGUGAUCAACCAUUAAAGCUAUUAAAGUUACAUUUUUCAUUGUGCUGAAAUAAUAUGAUGAGCUGAAAUGUACCAUUAGUUAUGAUCAGUGGUCAAUAGAUAAUGAUGAAGUAAUCAUUUCAGAAUGCAAACAUGUUGCAGAUACUGCCUAUGACAAUUCAUGCACAGUAAAAGUUCAGACAUCCCAUAAUUCCAGGUCCAUAACAACGCCCCCUACAUGACGUUUGGCUCAAUGUUAUUCUCAUACUAUUCUCAUAAUAUCUCAGCUUUUAGAUAUUAAGCCUUUCAUGCAAAUUCCAAGGAGUAUAUAUUGAUAUAUUGAUUAAUGUAAAAUAUAGCCCCAGGUGAAGGACUCAUGGAAAUGAGGUAGAAUGUGGCAGAAGGAAGCAUUUAAUUGUCAUUGUCAUGAAUGGUUAAAUUGCUACUGAUACAGUGUCAAAUGUAAACUGUACUCAAAAAUAAUGAAUCAUGAAAACACAUUU